AUGAUGUGGAAAUUGAUAUACUCAUCAGAUGAAUGGGCUUUGUUUUUUACAGCUAAGUUCAAAGAUAAAUAUGGUAUAUGGUUUUCAAAAUGGAAAUUAUCAUCAGUAAGAGCAGGUUUGCGAUGGGCUUGGCUUACUUUACAAGAAGACAUCUCUUGGAGGGUUGGAAAUGGAGCUAGCAUCUCAGUCUGGUUUGAUAACUGGUAUGGAUCAUCCCCACUUAUUAAUGAAAUUGGUUAUACUGAUUUUAUUCAUAACAAUAUGCAGUUAAAAGUUCAGAACUUAAUCAUUAAUAACCAAUGGAACAUACAUCCUCAGUUGCAGCAUUUGUUACAGUUUGAUAAUUUGCCUCAGAUCCACAAUGGAAGUAAUUCCAUAAUAUGGAACCUACAUAGUAGUGGAAUUUUCAAUAAUGAAAAGGCUGUGGAGAAAAUAAGACACAAGGAGGACAAGGUAGAAUGGUCUUCUUAUAUAUGGAGAAAAUCUUUGCACCCAACUAUUGCCAGCAACAUUUGGAAACUUCUGCAGGGAGUUUAUGUGAAUGAUGACAUUAAAAGAAAACAGGGAUAUGAUAUGCCUUCUAGAUGCUGUAUCUGCAAAUCAGAGCAGGACUUUAUGGAGCACACACUGUGGAUUUGUGAAUUCAGUGUAUAG